CUGCUACCAAAUAAGUUCUUGUUGACUUUAUUUCUCCUUCUGGCUGUAAAUUUUGAAUAGAACUUGGUGUCUUCAGCCGCCGCCUGCUGAGGAGAAUGCGGCGACAUAUACAGUGGAGCAUCAAACAAUUGACAUCCAGUUAUGCCGAUGGGCUGCUGUCUCCGCGCCGGGUGGCGGAGCAGGCUUUGGGGGAUGCCGUUAAAUUGAAGACGCUGAAUGCCUUCGUGCGUCUCACACCAGAAGAAGCGCGACAGCAGGCCCUGGAAUCGGAGCAACGCUACCAGAAGAAGCAGCCGAGCAGUGGCCUGGAUGGCGUGACCAUUGCCAUUAAGGAUAACUUUUGCACGGAGAAUGUACACACCACCUGUGCCUCACGCAUGCUGCAGGACUUUGUGCCUCCCUACGAUGCGACGGUGUGCUCCCGAUUACGCCAAGCCGGCGCCGUGCUUCUGGGAAAAACCAACAUGGACCAGUUUGCUAUGGGCUCCGGCACUGUGGACUCCAUUUACGGGCCGACCAAGAACAUCUGGAGCGAGGAUCUGACCCAGAACAACUGGCGCAUCGCGGGUGGCAGCUCAGGAGGAUCCGCAUCUGCUGUGGCCGCUGGCUUGUGUUUUGCUGGCAUUGGUUCAGACACUGGAGGUUCUACUCGAAAUCCUGCCUCGUAUUGCGGUGUUGUGGGUCUGAAACCUACAUACGGCCUGGUCUCUCGCCAUGGUCUGAUCCCCUUGGUCAACUCCAUGGAUGUGCCGGGUAUUUUCGCCCGCUCGGUAAGCGACUGCGUUGAGGUCUUGAAUGCAGUGGCUGGACCUGAUGAGAAGGAUUCCACGACCAUUAGGCAACCGUUCUCAAAGUUACAGCUACCGGUGGAUGGACUCGACCUGGGAGCGGUACGAAUCGGAAUUCCGAAGGAAUAUCACUGCAACGGACUGUCCGCCGAGGUUCUGGAAACUUGGACCAAGGUGGCAGAUCUCCUGGAGUGCGCUGGCGCCUCAGUGCAGCAGGUGUCCCUGCCCAAUACGGCAGCCAGCAUAUUCGUAUACUCGAUCCUGAAUCAGUGCGAAGUGGCCAGCAACAUGGCUCGCUACGAUGGCAUCGAGUAUGGGCACCGCGCUGCCGACGAGCGCAGCACAGAGCAGUUGUAUGCCCAAUCCCGCGCCGAGGGCUUUAACGAUGUGGUCAAGACGCGCAUACUGACGGGAAACUUUCUGCUGAUGCGCAAAAACUACGAUCAGUACUUUGAAAAGGCGCUGCGUGUGCGGCGCUUGAUCGCCGAAGACUUUUCAAAGGUAUUUGAGGCAUCUUCAGGAGAAGACCGGGUGGACAUUCUGCUUACACCGACUACUCUUACUGAAGCUCCCUUGUACAAGGACUUCUCCUCGCUCGAAAACCGAGAUCAGUGUGCGGUGCAGGAUUUCUGCACGCAGCCAGCCAAUAUGGCUAGCAUUCCGGCCGUUUCAAUACCCAUACGCCUCUCCAGAGCUGGACUUCCACUAAGCCUGCAACUGAUGAGCCGCAGCCUCAACGAACAGUUGCUGCUCUCCGUGGCGCGCUGGGUAGAGGCGCAGGUGGCCUUCGACUACCUGGACCACAGGCUGGAGCAGAAACUUAGCUUAUAAGAUGAAUUUAGAAUUCAAUAAAAGUUGUUUGAAAAGUGAA